CGAAAUUUUCGUUCGUUCAACUCGUGUAGCUUCUUGUCGACAGUGGUUUCUCUUCAACUUUUCGUCAACUUCUCCUCUCGUCAACAAGUUCUCGCCUUCUUCUCGGUCUUCUCGGAGUUAAAAUUGCCUCCACAGUAGCAGUCAACAAUGGUGAAAGUUGUUUUACAGCAAGAAUUAUAAGGGAUUAGGUUAAAUUCGUGAUUUUUUACCUGCCAGCCACAAAACAACGUAGUUUAGGUAGUUUAAAUUAUAAAACGACGUCUUUUAAUUAAGUGCUAAAAAAUGACAUCGUUUAGUACAGUGCCACGUAGGAGACAUGUCCGCUCGGCGCAUCGUUGGAGCAAAAAAUCGUGGAAAAAUUAAACGCGCGUCUAAAUUGAGGGAAUUUCAGACAAAAAUUAAAAGUUCAUGGAAAAACUUAGAAUCGGGACAAAGUUCGUGAGUUUUAGCGCAAUUAACUCUUUUUUUUAUUGAGCACAAAAAAAUCACCUAUAUGUUGUUGAAUGAACAAAGAAGAGAGCAACACACCAUACACAGUUGUUCACUCCGAAGCUUAAAAGUUAAAUCGGUGCCCUAGCCUACUUAAGAUGGCCUCACUUGAUACCGACGUCAAUAUGGUUCCCGCCGGCGAUGGAUCCUCCGGCGCCGGGCCCUCCACCAUCAAUCCCUCAUCGUCCACCAAGAAACCCAAGCGAUUCGAGAUUAAAAAGUGGAACGCCGUCUCCCUCUGGGCUUGGGAUAUCGUGGUCGACAAUUGUGCUAUUUGCAGAAAUCAUAUCAUGGAUCUAUGCAUCGAGUGUCAGGCUAAUCAGGCCAGCGCAACAAGCGAGGAAUGCACAGUUGCAUGGGGUGUUUGCAAUCAUGCCUUCCACUUCCAUUGCAUUAGCAGAUGGCUCAAGACUCGUCAAGUUUGCCCUCUGGAUAACAGCGAGUGGGAGUUUCAGAAGUAUGGUCACUAGAAUUUUAAAUCGUUAUCUUCUUCUAGACUGGAAAUAUGACCUGUGAGUUUUUGAAGCAAAUUUGAAGCACUUCCUUUCUUGGAGAAGAAGUAAUAUGUUCUGUGAGUUUUUGAAGCAAAUCGUUAUGUAGCAAAUUAUGUUGCAAUUUGCUAUUAGUUCUUUAAGUUAUUAUCUUUCUACGCAAAGAUAAUGUGAAUAUUGUGCUUAUGAUGGUUUAUAUUGUUAUGUCUGGAAUUGAAUCAUUUUUCUCUAAUGAAAUCGAAAGGUACCUUCUCGAGGCACCGAGGCCCGAUAA